AUGGAAGGCCUCCGCAACGACGGACGACGAUGGAACGAACUUCGAAGAAUCCAUUGCCAAUUAUCAACAAGCAGUACCAAUGCCGACGGUAGUUCAUACAUCGAACAAGGAUUUACAAAAGUCCUAUGUAACGUCACAGGCCCCGCAGAACCCAGCAGUCGACAGAAAGUGAAGCAGGAUGCUGCUACCGUUACCUGCGAAGUAUAUUUUGCGGCGUUCAGUGGGACGGAUAGAAUUAAGAGGGGGAGGAACGAUAAAAAAGUCCAAGAACUCCAGACAGCGAUCCAAAAGACCUUCGCAUCAGUAAUCCUAACCCACCUCUUCUCUCGGUCCGAAAUCACAAUAUCAAUCCACAUCCUAUCCCAAGAUGGUGGAACCCUAGCAGCCUGUAUCAACGCCACAACCCUCGCUUUAAUCGAUGCCGGUAUCCCCCUAAAAGAUUACGUCUGCGCCUGUACCUCGGGUCAAUCAACCAGUAUCUUCGAUAACGAAGGUUCUACACCAGAUCCAUGGUUAGACGUCAAUUAUCUGGAAGAAAGCGAUAUUCCGAGUUUGACGGUGGCGACAGUGGGCGAGACGGAGAAGAUUGUAGCGUUGAGUAUGGAGAAUAAAGUUAGGAUUGAGAUGUUGGAAGGGAUGAUUGCGGUGGGGAUUAGUGGGUGUGCAAAGGUGAAGGGGAUUAUGGAUGCGGAGGUUAGGAGGUAUGGGAAGACUAGGUUGGAGGCUGCGACGGGAGAGUAA